AUGGAGGACCAACUAGUUCAGAUUCUUGCCAACACGCAGUCCUCCUCAGAGGGACCACGAAAGCAGGCCGAACUGGAUCUCAAGCACAUCCAUUCGAACCCAGCUUACCCUUCGUCCCUGGCCAACAUCGCUAGUCACACUUCGCUGACCAUCGAAAUUCGACAAGCCGCACUCUCCUCACUGCGACAAUUCAUAGAACGGAACUGGAGUGGCGAGAGCGAUGAGGGCCCGACCCUGCCCAUAUCAGAUCAGGUGAAAGAGCAGGUUCGCACCGUCGUGUUAGACAUUGCCUUGAGCUCCGACCAGGAGCGAAAAAUAAAGACUGCGGCAAGUUUUGUCGUCGGCAAGAUCGCCAAUGUCGAUUUCCCAGAACAAUGGCCGAACCUGUUGCCCACUCUGCUCAACGUCAUCCCGACUGGAACUGACGGUCAAUUGCACGGCGCCCUGAGAGUCCUUAGCGACCUUGUCGAAGAGAGUUUGAGUGACGAGCAGUUCUUCAGCAUGGCUCAGAGUAUAGUCAAGGUCGUCUACGAAGUCGCACUCAACGAAAACCGCAAACCCAUUCUGCGUGCCUUGGCUAUUUCCGUCUUCAAGGGCACCUUUGAUCUCAUGGACCAGGUCAAAGAUGACCAUCCGAAAGAGGUCAAGGGCUUUGCCGAUGAGGCGCUGAAGGGCUGGUUCCCAUUUUUCCACCAAGUCAUGAAAGCACCCCUUCCGGAGCGAGAUGGCCAAGUUAUAGGUCAGCCCGAAAGCUGGAACGGAUUGAUCGCACUCAAACUCCAGGUUGUGAAAUGCUUGAUGAAAGUCAAGUCCGUCUUCCCGGCCUUGUUGCUACCAGAAACACCAAACUUCUUCGAAUCUGCCUGGCAUGAGCUUUCUGUGCUCGAAUCAGCUUACGAGCAGAUGUACAUCGAGAAUGAGGCUCAAGGACGACUGGAGGAUUCGGACGGCUUGCCCUACACCUUGGACUUCCUCGUUCUCGAAGAGCUGGAUUUCCUGACUGGUUGUCUUCGGGCCGGGCCUGUUCAAAAGCAGCUACAGGCUCAAAUCGACCAGAGUGGCUCAGUACACGAGACGCAAUGGGUGCUGGAUCUUAUGAAGCUUGCUACAUCGUAUGCAAGAAUUUCGCGAGAAGAAGAAGAACUUUGGGAGAUAGACGUUGGUCUUUUUCUCGCCGAGGAGACCUCUGUCAGCGCAAACUACACGCCACGUACAGCGUCUGGUGAUAUUCUCAUCAAGCUGGGCGAGUGGUUGAAGCAGAGAGCCUUGGAAGGACUGUUCGCGCAUACCAAGACAUUAUUUACAGCCGAGACAUCGUGGAGAAAGCAGGAGGCCACGCUAUACUUGCUCAACACCCUGAUUGCAGACUUCCAGGACGUCGACACUCAAGUCCCCGCGGAGAUCACUCAGGCUUACCUCGAAUUGGUCAAUUACGCCAUCAAUAGACCCGAAGAGCCGCUUUUGCGCGCUCGUGGAUACCUUGUGGCUGGUGUACUGGUGCAGUUCAACGGGUCGGUCGCCAGCUUGGCAGAGCAGACCGUCAAUGCGAUCACCGCUGACGAUUCUGAGCUCGUCCAAGCUGCUUGUAUCAAAGCAGUAGAAGGAUUCAUUACUGGCGGCGUCAUCCAACAGGCGGGGCAGUCCAGUGUUGUCAAUGCAGUUUCGCAGUGGAUAUCCGGAAAAGACAUGACCGAUAUCGAGGACGCCGAUGAUCUUUUGGUCACACUGGCUGAAACACUUCGUGCUGCUAUCAAUAUCGACCGGCGAAUUGCUGUGUCCCCAGAUGUUCCGGCCCUGGAUCUUUUGUUCCUCAUUGCUAAGCAUGGUGCUUCAAACUGGCAGGUGACUAUGAUGAUCUGCGAGGCAUUCGAGGACAUUGUUCAGAACAUGGCGGACCCUAAUUCAUACUCGGCUCUUUGUGCCAAGGUGCUACCGUCGCUCACGGGUGCAUUCGACGUUGCUAAUGUCACGUCUGACAACCCCUUGAUAACUUUUGCUACUGAGUUGAUGGCCGCCUUGACUCAGUAUGGCACAGAACCUCUCCCCCCUGGGUUCAUAGCGACCACACUACCUAGACUCAACCGCCUUCUUUCCGAGAGUAACGAAGGAGAGAUCCUGCGACCGGGUGCAGAAUCUGUUAAGUACCUCUUGGCACAUGAUCACGAGCAAAUGUUCAACUACCAGGAUGAAAAUGGACGGUCCGGUCUGGAAGUCUGUCUCCGCAUUAUUGACAGACUGCUUAGUACCUCGAUCGAGGACAAUGCUGCAUCCGAAGUUGGUGGACUUGCAGCAGAGCUGGUGGAGAAGGCCGGCCAUGAGCGCCUGGGCCCCUUCCUGCCCCAGCUGCUCCAGGCUGUUGCAAAUCGACUAGCCACUGCGGAAGCUGCUACAUUCAUACAAUCGUUGAUACUGGUGUUCGCCCGGUUAUCCCUCGUUGGAGCUCAGGAUGUUGUCGAAUUCCUCAGCACCAUACAGAUCAAUGGACAAAACGGUCUCCAGGUCGUCUUCAGCAAGUGGCUGGAGAACUCUGUAAACUUUGCCGGAUACGAUGAGAUCCGCCAGAACGUGAUUGCCUUGUCGAAGAUCUACUCACUCAACGACUCUCGAGUGGCGCAGACGAUGGUCAAGGGUGAUCUUAUCAUGCCGACCAGUGAUCGAAUCAUGACUCGCUCGCGUGCCAAGCAAAGUAUGUCAAAUCACGAUCUUCCCCAAGCGGCCCUGGCCUGGUCAAAUUUUAACACGGCUUCAGACCCUGAUCAAUUCACCAUCAUUCCCGCACCUCUGAAGAUACUCAAGGUUCUUGUGGAUGAGCUUGCAUCCGCAUCCGGUUUGCAAAGUGCAGCAACUGCUGCCGCGGCCGCGGCAGCACAGUUCGUCGAUGAUGACGACGAAGAUGACGGCUGGGAAGACGAUCCUGAUACCAUUGACCUCAGCCUUGGUACAACCAAGAGCGACCUUAUGGGUUACUUGGAGUCCAAUAAUAUGCGAAACCGCGAUGACGAAACUCAGCAAUAUCUAGCCGAGUUCUUCGUCCGGGCAGCCAAUGAGAACAUUGCCGAUUUCAAUAAUUGGUACAACGGCUUCACAGAGGACGAGAAGAGCAAGUUACAGUCCCUGGCACAUAGCCAGGUUUAG